ACUCAACAUCUGGUUGAAGCUGACAGACACUUCAAUCGCACAGUGAUUGAAUAACCGCAGCAUUAUUUUCGUUUUAGUAGGAGGCUAUCGGAUCGAGAUUCCUUCAAUACUCUAAAGAAAAUGAUUCGUCAAAUCCUGCUCAAAAACGACAUCCUGGUUCGCCUGGUGGCUGCCCGAGCCUACAGUCAACCCCCGACGAGUGGCAAAUCAGCCGCGGCCAGUCAAGCAGCUGCCCCGAAGCCAGUAAGUGGUGACGUCCCUGGACUGAGCAGCAAGUGUGUUCACAGCAAGACGGGACCAAUCGGUCCGGGUGCCUCCCGAGAUGGCGAUUACAAGGUACCGGAGUACUAUUGCUACGACAAAAACAGCUACUUUGAGGCCGAGAUCGAAAUGCUGAAGUUCCGACUGCCGCAACCUUCGUCGAAGCAAUAGAACCUUGGGGAAGUAAUGGAAGGUGAAGAAAGGUGGACUGUAAAGAAAGUUACAGUGUGUAUAUAGAAAAUAAAAAAAUGAAAGUUAAAUGAA